AUGUUUCGCGCUUUCCUCUUGGCACUCGCCGCCGUCGGCGUUUCUUCCCUGCCACAGUCGCAGCGACAGACAGGCGCGGUUGCCGUAGGCUUUGGUUUAUACGGCUAUGGUACCAAGAUAGGUGGUUUCGCUCUGAACCGUGUCAAUGAUGACGUGUUCUUGAACAAGACAACCAACAGUACCGUCGAACUAUUCACCAUCAACACAUCUUCCAAGACGAUUUCCGACGCCAAGACCGGUGAUUAUCUUGCCAUCCCUACCACGCCCGGCCCUAUCACACUCCUGCCACAGAGAGGAGCCAAGAACACGUCUUUCAAAAUCUCCGACAUGAGACUCUUUGGAAACACGCUCUACUUUGUGAGCGCAAGCGGCCAGCUCGAGACGGCAUGGACCGCUGUGCCGAUUGACGAGGAAGGCGCGGCGUUCCGGUUGGAGUGGAACGUCACUUCGGACGGUGCCGUACCUAUAGCUCUCCGGAUCACUCCUCCCGGAGUUACCAUGGGAACCACCCAGUCGGGAACGACGGCGGCGGCUGUUGCGCCUGCAUCCUAG